AUGUUCCAGCCCCUUAUGCUUUCCCCCUCCAUCUUUACUGUUGAAAGUGCUGGAGAAGAUCCGCAGGGACAGGGUGCAGAGCUUAGUUCUCGUUUAUCCAGUAUGGACCUCCAGAUCCUGGUAUCCCUUGAUCCGUCAGUUAGUCAAGGGAACCAAGAUCUCAUUGGGCAUGACAGUGGACUGCUUUCAGGGAACCAGCGAUCCUCUGCUCAAGCUCCCGCAGCUGAUGUGGAUCGCCUCCCUGGUAGGCUGUUAACACAUCCCCUUUUAUCGGAUCAGGUCCUGGAUAUUAUUAACUCAUCUUUAAGACGUAGAACUAGGGUAAGAUAUAGAAAGAUGAUCGAGGAAUUCAAAGAAUGGGAGGUUUCUGUUCUGUCUAACACACAGGGAUCUGAUACCGUUCCAUUGGCUUUAGAAUUUCUUACCCUUAAGUUCCAUUCUGAUUUAUCGGUCAGUUAA